AUGGGGCCGUAUCAUCUACCCUUUUCUUUAUUUCUCUCUCUACACCAGUUCUUUAUCUAUUUAUAUAAAUAUGUUCGUUCCUUCUUUCUCAGUCAGUUCAUCCAUCCAUCUAUCUAUCUAUCUUUCUAUGUGUAUAAGUACGCAACAACUGGAAUCCGUUUCUUUCUUUCUUUCAUCCGUUUCUUUCUUUCUUUCUUUCUUUCUUUCUUUCUUCCUUUCUUUCUUUUCUCUCUUUCUUUUUUUCUUUCUUUGUUUCUUUUUUCUUUCUUUCUUUCAUUCUUUUCUCUCUCUCUUUCUUUUCUCUCUUUUUUCUUUCUUUCUUUUUCUCUUACUUUCUUUUCUUUCUUUCUUUCUUUUUCUCUCUCUCUUUCUUUCUUUUUCUUUCUUUCAUUCUUUCUCUCUCUCUUUCUUUUCUCUCUUUUUCUUUUCUUCCUUUCUUUCUUUUUUCUCUUUCUUUCUUUCUUUCUUUUUUUUUCUUUCUUUCUUUCUUUCUUUUCUCUCUUUCUUUCUUUCUUUUUCUUUCUUUCUUUCAUUCUUUUCUCUCUCUCUUUCUUUUCUCUCUUUUUUCUUUUUUUCUUUUCUCUUACUUUCUUUCUUUCUUUAAUUCUUUUCUCUCUCUUUUCUUUCUUUCUUUCUUUCAUUCAUUCUUUUCUCUCUCUUUCUUUUCUCUCUUUUUUCUUUCUUUCUUUCUUUCUUUUUUCUUUUCUCUCUUUCUUUCUUUCUUUCUUUCUUUCUUUUUCUUUCUUUCUUUCUUUCUUUCUUUUCUCUCUUUCUUUCUUUCUUUCUUUCUUUCUUUCGUUCUUUCUUUUUUCUUUCUUUCUUUCAUUCUUUUCUCUCUCUCUUUCUUUCUUUUUCUUUCUUUCUUUCAUUCUUUCUCUCUUUCUUUCUUUUUCUUUUUUUUCUUUUCUUUUUUUUCUUUCUUUCUUUUCUUUCUCUCUCUUUUUCUUUCUUUUUUCUUUCUUUCUUUCUUUCUUUCAUUCUUUUCUCUCUCUCUUUUCUUUCUUUCUUUUCUCUCUUUCUUUCUUUUCUUUCUUUUUCUUUCUUUCUUUCAUUCUUUUCUCUCUCUCUUUCUUUUCUCUCUUUUUUCUUUCUUUCUUUCUUUUUCUUUCUUUCUUUCAUUCUUUUCUCUCUCUCUUUCUUUUCUCUCUUUUUUCUUUCUUUCUUUCUUUUUUCUUUUCUUUCUUUCAUUCUUUUCUCUCUUUCUUUCUUUCUUUCUUUCUUUCUUUCUUUCUUAUUAUCCUUUCACCUUUUCUCACGAUUUCCCUCCUUCAUUGUUCUUUGGUCGCUUUUUCUUUCUUUCUUUCUUUCUUUCUUUCUUUCUUUCUUUCUUCGUUCAUUGAUACCCCACUACUGCUAUCUAUCUAUCUAUCUAUCUAUCUAUCUAUCUAUCUAUCUAUCUAUCUAUGUCGCUUCAUAUCAAUCAGGGGUACUGCUAGGGUGUUGAAUCUAUCUAUGUAUUUAGAAUCUAUCUAUCUAUCUAUCUAUCUAUCUAUCUAUCUAUCUAUCUAUCUAUCUAUCUAUCCUCUGUUUAGAAUCUAUCUAUCUAUUCUCUGUUUAGAAUCUAUCUAUCUAUCUAUCUAUCUAUCUAUCUAUCUAUCUAUCAAUCUAUCUAUUCUCUGUUUAGAAUCUAUCUAUCUAUCUAUCUAUCUAUCUAUCUAUCUAUCUAUCUUAUUAUAUAUAUAA